AUGGCUGCGGCGAUUCAGAGAGGAGGCGGCGGCGCGCGGCGGGCGAUGGAGGAGAGCGACGCGAAGCUCGUGUUCGAGACGUCGAAGGGCGUGGAGCCCAUCAUGAGCUUCGACGAGAUGGGGAUAAAGGAUGAUCUUCUCAGAGGCAUCUACAAUUACGGCUUCGAGAAGCCCUCCGCCAUUCAGCAGCGUGCGGUGCUCCCCAUUAUCUCCGGUCGUGACGUCAUCGCCCAGGCGCAGUCUGGUACGGGCAAGACGUCCAUGAUUGCGCUCGCCGUUUGCCAGAUUGUUGACACCAAGUCCUCCGAGGUCCAAGCCUUGAUUGUGUCUCCUACAAGGGAGUUGGCAGCUCAGACAGAGAAAGUAAUACUGGCAAUUGGUGACUAUAUAAACAUUCAAGCUCAUGCUUGCAUUGGAGGCAAAAGUGUUGGCGAGGAUAUAAGAAAACUAGAGCAUGGUGUUCAAGUUGUGUCAGGCACUCCCGGUAGAGUUUGUGACAUGAUUAAGAGGAGAACUUUAAGAACUAGAUCAAUCAAAUUGCUGAUUCUGGAUGAAUCUGAUGAAAUGUUGAGCAGAGGGUUUAAGGAUCAAAUUUAUGAUGUUUACAGAUAUCUUCCACCUGAGCUCCAGGUUGUUUUAAUCUCUGCCACCCUCCCAAAUGAAAUAUUGGAAAUGACAAGUAAAUUCAUGACUGAUCCAGUUCGUAUCCUUGUAAAGCGUGAUGAAUUGACACUGGAGGGCAUCAAGCAGUUUUUUGUUGCAGUAGAAAGAGAAGAAUGGAAAUUUGAUACUCUGUGUGAUUUGUAUGAUACCCUUACAAUUACCCAGGCUGUUAUUUUCUGCAACACUAAGCGUAAGGUUGACUGGCUGACGGCUAAAAUGCGCGAGAAUAAUUUUACCGUCUCUUCUAUGCAUGGAGAUAUGCCACAAAAGGAGCGAGAUGCAAUCAUGGAGGAAUUCAGGUCCGGCCAAACUCGAGUUCUUAUCACAACUGAUGUUUGGGCUAGGGGAAUCGAUGUUCAACAGGUUUCUCUGGUGAUCAAUUACGAUCUUCCUAAUAAUCGAGAGCUUUAUAUUCAUCGCAUUGGACGGUCUGGCCGGUUUGGGAGAAAGGGUGUUGCCAUAAACUUUGUUAAAAGCGAUGACAUCAAAAUCCUGAGAGAUAUCGAGCAAUAUUACAGUACACAGAUUGAUGAAAUGCCGAUGAAUGUGGCUGAUUUGAUUUAA